CGGACAGCUGUGUAAGAAUAACGUUAGAUAGCUGUUUAUGUAGCUGCUGUUUAAUAAUCAAUUUAAUUCGUUUUUAAUCAUGGACCAAGCAGUCAGCGUCAAUGCAGACCCAGAUAUGCCAUCUGACAGUGAAGGUCGUAGCUCGCGCUGGAGAAAUUGGACUGGUUUUUGGUUGCUGGGGUUGUGCAAUAACUUUGCGUACGUGGUGAUGCUGAGUGCAGCCCAUGACAUUUUAAAACAACAAGGGUCUCACAACUCCACAUCGCCUACCCCAUCCACAGUUGCCUUGGACGUUGAAGGUGGAAAAAUAAGUCGUUACGACUGCAGCCCUGUUUCUACCGCGGUAAAUAGAGAUGCACUGCAGCUGUGAAAGUGUGUGUGAUCAAAUGUUAUUUUAUUCAGCAGAUGUUAUUGCGGGUGUAGCGAAAUUCUCGUGUUCCUAGCUCC